AUGUUCGUUAGCACAUCUUGGUUAUUACUAUGGGGCAGUAUCGUUUGGGCUGCCACCGCCGAACCGGUCACCCUCCAUAUCGGUGGAACGUUUCCGAUGGAAUCUGGUUCCGGCGGAUGGGCAGGCGGAGAGGCUUGUCUUCCGGCGGUACAAAUGGCAUUGGAGGAUGUGAACAAUAGAUUAGAUAUACUACCCGGUUAUGUUCUCAAUAUGACUAACCAUAAUUCUCAGUGCCAACCCGGUCUCGCUAUGCAACAAUUAUACGAUUUCCUAUAUAAACCACCAACAAAACUGAUGCUCCUAACCGGAUGCAGUCCUGUAACUACCGUAAUCGCCGAAGCUGCACCUGUAUGGAAACUUGUUGUGUUAUCCUACGGAGGCAGUUCACCGGCUUUAUCUAACAGGAACCGAUUUCCAACGCUGUUCAGGACACAUCCAUCAGCCAAUAUGCAAAAUCCAACUAGGAUUCAUAUUAUGGAGAAGUUCAAAUGGAAACGAUUCACUAUUUUGAUGUCUGUCGAAGAAGUGUUCGUGACAACUGCCAAAGAUUUAGAGGCUAUCGCUAGGAAAAAAGGAAUCCGCGUAGACCGACAAAGUUUCUAUGGUGACCCAACGGAUGCGAUGAAAACGCUGCAGCGUCAAGACGCCAGGAUAAUUGUUGGAUUGUUCUAUGUGACAGAGGCGAGAAAGGUUUUGUGCCAGGCCUACCAUCAUGGCUUGUAUGGUCGAAGAUAUGUUUGGUUUUUUAUUGGAUGGUACGCCGACACCUGGUACUACCCACCACCGGAAGAACAUUUGAAUUGUACGGCGGAGCAGAUGGCUGCUGCUGCUGAAUACCAUUUCACCACUGAAAGUGUAAUGUUGUCUCGUGACAAUUUGCCAGCGAUAUCCGACAUGACCGGCAUGCAAUUCCAAGAACGUCUCACUCGUCACUUCCAAAAAGAAACUGCAAAUGUUGGAGGCUUCCCAGAAGCUCCGUUAGCAUAUGACGCCGUUUGGGCUCUCGCAUUGGCAUUUAAUUGCACUCGCAACAACUUGCCGUCGCAUAUUCGACUGGAGAACUUUUCGUAUGACAAUAAGAUUAUAGCAGAUACACUGUUCCAAUGUGUCAAGAAUACUUCGUUCCGAGGGGUUUCUGGAAAAGUGAUGUUUUCGGAUUCAGGAGAUCGUAUAGCCAGAACGCAGAUCGAGCAGAUGCAAGGAGGAAAAUAUAAGAUCAUGGGGUAUUAUGACACGACUAGUGGCGAUUUGGAGUGGUACAAUAAAGAGCAGUGGUUGAAUGGAAGAGGUCCACCACCGGAUUCUACAGUAAUCAAGAAGCAUGCAAUGACGGUGUCUAAUGAAUUCUACUACCCCACAAUAUUCUUCUCAGUUCUCGGAAUUCUUGCCUGUGUACUUAUCUAUAUAUUUACUCAAAAACAUCGCGAACGAUUAGUGAUUUUCCAAUCUCAACCAGAAUGCAAUAAUAUUCUACUCAUCGGGUGCUCCUUAUGCCUUUUCUCACUAUUCUUGAUCGGUCUUCCGUCCGAUGACAUUUCCGUUCCCGAAUCUCUAUUUCCAUUCCUCUGUCAUGUAUGUAAAAAUUUUGAAAUUAAUUUUUCAAAGAAAACAACUUUAGGCUCGUGUUACUAUUCUCCUUUUUGGGUUCACUUUUGCUUAUGGGUCUAUGUUUGCGAAAGUUUGGAUUGUUCAUCGGAUGGGUGCUACGGAAAAUCAGCAGCUGGCAAGUCGGCAAAAAGACGAGGAAGAGAACACCCCGUGGGAAGGUAUUCGAACCUUGAUAUCCACGAUGGUCGGUCGACAAGCAUUAAUGCGCAAAUCGUCGGGACAAGCGUACGGGGCACUGCUCGAGAAGCGGAAUACGGUUCUAAAUCAGGUCCAAUAUCCCCAACGAAAUUCUACGUAAUCGUCGCAGCGCUGACCGCUGUUGACAUUUUCGUAUGUUUUGUCUGGAUUCUGAUCGACCCAUUGCACUUGACCGAGCAGAAAUUUCCACUCUUUACGCCCGCUGACAGUGAAGAAGAUGAAAUGAUAAUGCCCGUUUUGCAGCAAUGCCAGAGUAAUCAACAAGAAGUGUGGAUAGGCAUCAUAAUGGGUUUCAAAUGUCUUCUCUUGGUGUUUGGCACAUUUCUGUCCUACGAAACGCGCAAUUUGAAAUUGAGGUUUAUCAAUGAUUCAAGAUUUGUUGGGUUGGCCAUCUACAACGUGGCCGUUAUGACACUAGUGACAGCUCCUGUGGUAACACUAUUGAUUCAUGGAAAAGUGGACGCCAAUUUUGCAUUCAUCUCCCUUACAGUUCUAAUCUGCACAUACAUCUCUGUGGGAUUAAUAUAUGGUCCAAAGAUCCGUCAUAUAAUAAAAGUACCACCAAGUGCUGACGAAGUUCAACAAAAUGGAAACACCGGUCCUGCAGUAAUGUCAAAAGUAGAUCAAAAACGAUAUGAUAUGUUGAGAAAGGAAAAUGAAACACUGCAAAAACAAAUUGAAGAGAAAGAACGAAAAAUCCAUGAAUGUCGAGAACGAUUAGAACAAUUGACGAUGAAUUCUGAAACAGAAGACAUGAAUGCUCAACUACUAAGUGGUAGCAAUAAACAGCUAGCAGGUUUGGAUUUUCAAUUUUUUUUCGAUUUUUUAAGAUUCUUUAUUCCAGAAGACAAUAUGACAUAUUCCACGGCUACCACAUUAACCACAACAAUACCAUUAAUAGAUUUACAAUUGAAUGGAACUCAUCCGGGUCAAAUAUAUGCAAAUGACAAUGACGAUGACCGUUCAUCAACGUCAUCUGACGAAAUACUUUUGUGA